AUGCUUGAGCUGUAUAGGCAGCUAACGCUUCCAGAAGGAGAAGAGGAGACACUUGAUGCUGCACAUGUUGCUAGAAGGAGACUGCGUAAUACGAUUCUUCGUCUCCUUGCUGCACCAGGAGACGCAGCAGCAGCAGAGUUUGUCUUUAAACAAUUUACUAGCAGCAAAUGUAUGACGGAUAAAUAUGCUGCUCUUCUUGCUCUAGCAGAUAUGCAGCAACCCCAGAGAGAGAAGGCCUUCCAGAUGUUCUUCGAAGAUGCUGCAGGAGACCCUCUAUUAAUAGAUAAAUACUUUAGAGCUCAAGCAGCAUCAGACCUCCCAGACCAAGUAGAAAGAGUUUUGUCUCUUCAGCAGCAUGAUGCUUUCACCUUUAAAAACCCUAAUCGUCUCCGUUCACUCUUCACUGCUUUUGUUUAUAAUCGGCCGCACUUUCAUAGAAAAGAUGCGAAGGGAUAUCAAGUCGUCGCAGAUGCUGUGCUGAAGGUGGAUUCGUUUAACCCGCAGGCAGCAGCGCGUUUAGCUGGGGCUUUCUUACCUUGGCAGCGAUAUGAUAAACAUAGACAGCAGCAAAUGAAAGAGCAGCUAAUAAGAAUUAGAGACACCCCAGGGCUGUCUCCGGAUACACUUGAGAUUGUGCAGAGGGCCCUUAAACCAGCAGAAGAAGCAGAAACAAAAAAAGAUUAG